GUUGACUAUUGACAACAUGGCAGUCGAUCUCCAAUAAACAUUUAUAAUUUGAUUAUGUCUUGUUGAAGUUGUUUAAAGAGAUUUUGUUAGUUGGUUGAAAGUUUAUUCGAGACAUAUGAAACAUCACAGUUGUUAUAAAUUAUUUUUAGAAAAUUUGGUACGAUGGAGUCAACAGGGAAGUGUCGAAAGGAUAGUUUUGCACUCUAUUUGGUCUUGUUGACGUGUAUUUUGCUCGUGAUACAGACUUCUCAAACAACAACACAUAUAUCACCAGAAGAAAAGAAACAAUUACGGUUAGUUAAUUAAUUAUUCUAAGCCUAAAUUCUCUACAUGAGUUCUUAAAACAUUAGGAAAUAAAAAAAUAAUAAUUAAAAAAUCUAGUUAGGGAGGGCUAAUUAUUUUGGAUUUGGGGUCCACAGAGGCUGAGCGUUGUAGUGUAGAAUUCUCUCCCUUUUUUCUUUUGUUUACUUUUGGAUAGUUACUAGAGUUACAUUUUUCUUUAAUGUUUAUACACUGAUAGAAAAUCAUAGAAUGUUUCAUAGAAUGUUUUCAAUUAUAAUUUUAUUGGGUGAUAAAUGAAGUAAUAAUACCCCUGUUUUGUUAGUUAUCAUCAUCUUUUUAUUAAUAUUUAAAUUUUUCGACACUUUGGCAUGGAAAAUGGGUAUUUUGGGUGGAACCUGUAAUAAAGUUUGAAACUGUAAGUUGGUAAGUUGGGUUUUCAUUAUUUUAAAACCAUUUUGUAUUGUAACUGUAGCACACCUGUUAAAGUUGACUUGCUUUAUUUGCAAUGAAAUAUAAUAUUAAGCAAGGAAAGGGGGCAACCGCAGAAUGUUGACAUUUCUCGCCGCAUAUCUAGAGGGAUAAAAUAAAGUGACUGUCUUUAAAAAUAAAAUUCUUUUCAAGAUGCUCAAACCUAUUAUGUUUGUACAUGAAGUUGUUAUUAAAUUUAAUAAAUAUUUUACUAAUACGUUGUUGUUUUUUUUCCAGGGAGAAAUCUGUAGAGAUGUUUUAUCAUGCCUACAAUGCUUAUAUGGUAAGUAACUAUAUAAGUACAUAUUUUUUGUAAACAUCUGACUAUGCAAGUAGUAUUUGAACACAUUUUUCAAAAAUUAUGCAAUGUCAAUCUAUUGAAUCUUAAUCUCCACAGAGUCAGUGGCUGAAAUUAAAAAAUAUUUAAUGUUUUCCUGUGUUCAUUUUAACUAAAGGAACAUGCAUACCCAGCUGAUGAGCUGAUGCCGCUGUCGUGCAAGGGCAGAUAUCGAGGCUCUGAACCCUCUCGGGGCGAUAUAGAUGACUCUUUGGGAAAGUAAGUCACUAAUUUUAGUAAAAACAAUUUUCAGAAAGAUAAAUAUUAAGAAAUAUUAUUGCAUCAUAUUUGCUUUGAUGUUAAAAUGUUUAUCAGACUUAGAUCUUUUAAACAUAAAUUUUUUUACUGAGAUUUUGCCAUGCUUGUUGUAUUUUCAGUUUCACCCUGACAUUAAUAGAUACUUUGGAUACUCUGGCAGUGAGUUCAUUUCUUAAAUUGCUAUUUUAUAAGGAAAACAAUGCUUUUGUUUUUAAAAAUUAAAUGAUCCAAAUGAUAAUUCUCCAUUUGCUGUUUAUUCACUGCAAUGUAAAAACAAGUUGUUCAGUAAAUAUAUGAAAUUAUUCUUGACCAUCAUGAAUUAUUUUUAAAAAAAAAUUAUGUUGGGAUUUUUCUUCAGCAAACAAACAUGUAUUAACAAAAAUUAAAAAAAUAAUAUUUUUUCAGGUUCUUGGAGAUCUAGUUGGCUUUGAUACGGCUGUGAGAAAUGUGAUCAGGGAUUCUCGGUUUGAUGCUGAUGUGGUUGUGUCUGUGUUUGAGACCAACAUUAGGAUUUUAGGGUAAUUAAGAAUUGGCAAAUGAUAGUAACGAUUCAGUACAUUGAGUCCCUCUUAUUGGUUAAUUAUUUAGUGACUCAAUUCUCUUUAAAUAAACCUGAUUUAAAAAUUAUAUUAUUGUUCGAUGACACUAUACAAGAAUAUUUUUUAGGUAAAAAUAAUUAGUCAAUUUUAAUUUUACUUGUUUGUUUAAAAUUAGUGCUACACAAUAUAUAUUAUAUAUAUUAUGCUUUUGAAAAAUAUUGUUUUUUCCCAUUACUGUUAUUUAGUGCAUCUUAAUUGAAUCAGUCUUUCGGCUUAAACAUUUUAGAAUGGUAGAAAUCAGUUUAUUGUGUUGUUCAUCCUUAUUUUGUUAGUUUGUUCCUUUGUCAGAUGAGACAAUACAAGAUUCUCAGUUGCAUUUUUAUAUCGAUCUACCUGUUAGAACCAUUGUGUACAGUGAAAUACUUGUUGGGGGCCGUUAUGUAAAUUGGUUUACAUGUUUAGUGCUGUUGUCUAAGUUGUUUUUCCCUUUUAAAUGUUGUUGGUGAUAAUAACAUCUCUUUCAUCUCUAGGGGCCUUCUAGGAGGUCAUGUCGCAGCCAGUUACUUCAAGAAGAAAAAGCUGGCCAUGAUGUGGUACCAGGACGAGCUGCUCACCAUGGCUAAAGAAGUUGGAGAUCGACUCUUGCCAGCCUUCAACACUACAACAGGGAUACCAUAUCCAAGGGUAGGUUUCUCAGCAAUGGAAAAAUGAUUUUAGUGUAACAUCGUAUGAAGAUCUCAAUUUUGUUUUCCUAGGCUUUGCUAUUGGGGGAUUUUUAAUUUUUUUAAUUCGUCUAAUUCAAGCUGAUCUAUGAUAUUUCAUGAAUAAGGUGGGACCUAUUAUCCACAUUUUAAAAAAAAGGUUUAAAAAUAAAUUUUGCUUUAAAUAGUUUAUCAAGUAAAUUUUUGAGUGAUAUUUGUUUCUUUUUUGAUAAUUUAUUUAAUCAGUGUCUGAUGAGAAGUAGCUUUCCAAUUGUUGAACUGUAAAAUAUGUUGAUGAUUUGUGGGAAACGCUGACAAUAAUUCUCAAUGUAAAUGCAUAUUUGAAACGAGACUCCAGGCUUCUGCCAUUAGCGGCUCAAUGAAUUAAAGAUGUUCAUAAACAUGAAGAGCUGGUGGUUGAUUUAUUUAUUUAACAUGAUUUUUAAAAAAAAAGAAUGUAUCUAAUUUUAUAAAUAUGUUUCAGCAUGUACGUGCUUAUCAUAUGAACCCUAAACUUAAUCAUUACUGUGGUUCAGAACGUUGCUGUCUGUGUCCAACGUCUAUUCUUUUUCUCAUUUGAUUCUAGGUCAACCUGAAACAUGGCAUCACCCCAAAGAUUGCCAGCUCUAACAGAGACACGUGCACUUCUUGUGCAGGGACCAUGAUAUUGGAGUUUGCUGCCCUCUCCAGACUCACUGGCAUUGGCAUAUACGAAGUGUGUUAACAUUUCUGUUUUAAAGAAAGCACUUUGAUGCUAGCUUUAAGGGGCAUAUGCAGUUUGUGUCCAGGCAGGGACAAAAUGCUAUCAGGCCAGGCCUUACGAAAUACAUAGUUUUAAAAUAUUCACCAUAAUGUUAGGUAGGGAAAAAAAUUUUUUGGUUGCCCCAUAUUAUAAUUUUUUUCCCAUCUCUGUUUCAGGAGAAGAGCAGAAAAGCCAUGGAUUACCUUUGGUCUCAGAGGCACAGAAGUAAUAAUCUAAUGGGGAUGGUCAUCAAUAUUCACAGUGGAGAUUGGAUCAGGCGAGGUAAACAGUAAAGGGGGGAGAAGGAAGUAUUUUGUCCUUGUAAAAAUGCAUAUAGUGUUAAGAGCAGCUCUGGAGGAAUAAAUUUGAAAUUCAUUCUGAGCAGUAAACCAGACCUGUUUACUCUCAAACUCUUAAAAUCGUACAAUAUCAUCACAAAAAUCAUUCAAUACAUUAUCUUAAUAGGAAAAAACAAAACAUACUGUAUAUAUAAUGUAUACACCUCAAAAUCCCACAUUGUACGCCAAGAGUAAAUAAGUCUGGUAAACCUGUUUAAAGCCGUAUUAAAAAUUUACUAACGUCACAUAUUCCACGAUUUUUUUAAAUUUAGUUUUUUUUUCGUUCUUUCUAUUCUGUGGCAGAGAGUGGAGUCGGUGCUGGCAUUGAUUCCUAUUAUGAAUAUGUUUUAAAAGCUUAUGUGCUGCUUGGUGAUGAUAUGUACCUGUCAAGAUUCAACAAGGUAACGGCGUCGACUGCUUCCUACGCCCAGACUUUUAAUGAUAUCAGAGGGGCACUUUUUCUCCAUGAGGGAGUGAUAAUUACUGUAGACUCCUUAUGUAACCCAAUUAGGAGCUCUGUAAUGAUAAUGAAAUAUGGGAUGGUUACAGAUUUUCCCGAGCCUUUUCUGUGCCACGCCCUUAUGACUUGACUAUGUUUAGCAACACUUAAAAAAGUAACAAUGAAUUUUCAAAAUUAAAAAAAAAAAUUUAUGUUUGUAUUCAGUUACAAAGAGAACUGAAUGUCUUAAAAUAUAAAAUUGUGACUAUAACAUUUAAUAAAAUUGUAAUAGAGAUUUUAAAAAUAAUAUUAACUUUUAAUAUCAAAGCUUAAAAUCAAUGGCUGUGGCUGCUUUUCCUUGCACCCCCUCAGAUGCCACCUCAUAAUCUCUGGGAGACCCCCAUGAUAGCAGAAUUAAUUACUUACAUUUCAUAUCAGUUCAUUAUUAUAAUAAAUAAUCAGAUGGCAAAUAAUCAGGAUUGGUUGGAUUUAUUCUGCCAAUUUCCUAAUAAAUCAAUAAAUACAUUGAAAUAUAUUAAUAAUAAAAUUUUGAAUAAGAAAAAAGAAGCUGAUGUUUGAGGAUCCCUUUAUAUAUGAGUUGAAUGAGCUGAAUGAGUUAUCUCUCUCACUAUCGAUUUGGAGUGUUGGGGAUCAUUUAGAAUGAGUUUUGAUCGCUUUCCUAUAUGUUGAUUGCUUCCAGCACUAUGAAGCAGUGAUGCGCUAUGUCAGCCAAGGUCCACUUUUGGUGGAUGUCCACAUGCACAAGCCCACCAGUGCUGCUAAAAACUUCAUGGAUGCGCUUCUGGCUUUUUGGCCAGGGUUACAGGUAAAAAUUUUAUUUUCUUGACUGUCCAUUGACAGUGGCUGGAAAGCUGUUCCCUAGGUGUUCACUACUUAUUGGUUGAAAGCUUGUACUAUUGAUGUGUAAUCAAAGGCAUUUAAUACCAGGUGCUGUUGUAACAUUAUGCUUGCAGUAUCAUGGGUAUAAGCACUGAUUUAGUCCACAGUAAGAUGAAGCUUACAAUCAGCGGCAUACCAUUAUCUGCUGACAGAAUUACCAUGAGCUUAUAAAGUUAGAAUCUCUUAUCUCAAUGUAAUCUGACUCAAUACAUUAUACAUCCUUUUGUGUCUAGGUUCUGGUGGGAGACAUAGGACCAGCUGUCGAGACCCAUGAGAUGCUCUAUCAAGUCAUCCAGCGGCAUAAUUUCUUACCUGAGGUCAGCAGAUUCUAACAUGGACCAUCUGUUGCUCUAUAUUAUUUCAACAAUUUACCUCCGAGUAUUUUAAUAUAAUUUCUUCUAAUCUUUUGUAAAAGAAUGGUUUAAAUUUGCUAACCAAGUUAAGCAUUGUUAAGUUUGAGGGUUGUCCUCAUGAACCUGUUACUGUUAGUUACAAAAGGAUAAUGAAAGCUCAUUUAAGACUAUUUAAGUAAGAAGCUCAUUUAAGACUAUUUAAGUAAGAAGCUCAUUUAAGACUAAGUAAGAAGCUCAUUUAAGACUAUUUAAGUAAGAAGCUCAUUUAAGACUAUUUAAGUAAGAAGCUCAUUUAAGACUAUUUAAGUAAGAAGCUCAUUUAAGACUAUUUAAGUAAGAAGCUCAUUUAAGACUAUUUAAGUAAGAAGCUCAUUUAAGACUAUUUAAGUAAGAGAAGUAUCUUAAAACAGAAGUUAACCAUUAAUAAGGGUUUUGAUUUUUUUUUUAAAAAUCAAUUUAAAAAUCCUUCAGGAAAUGAUUUUUUUGUAAAAUUAUUUAUUAGCAAUUAAAAAAAAAGUCAAAAUAAUCUGUGCCAGGUGUAAGUCUCCAAAAUUUUAUUUCUAGGUAUUUAAAAGCGUAUGGGGGCCCUGUGGACCUAGUUUUUGUCAGUCAGGAGUGUACAUAUCUAAACACUUAAAGAUGUAACUUAGUUUUUCUUAUCCCUGUCUUCUCAUCAGUAGUUAACUUAUUAUGUCUUGAUACACUGUGCAGGCCUUCACUACAGACUUCAGAGUUCACUGGGGCCAGCACCCACUGAGACCAGAAUUCCUGGAGUCCACCUAUUUCUUAUACAAGGUACCGGUGCAUAUCUGUCAUGUUUUUUGCACAUUGUGUCCCGUGUGAGAUAAUCAUAAUACUAAUGGAAAUGAGUGAAACGUGUUGAUAAAAAGCCUUCACCCGCAAAAAAACAACAGUAAAAACAGAAUUAAAUAAAACAAUAAGACUUAGCUGAGAUGUAGUAUCCGAGAGGACAGCAAGAGGACUGUCUUCCUUUAAAACUCCUUCGUGCUGACAAUGCCGUCCCAAGAGCUUGCUUUUAUGUCAUUGAAAUGUGCUGUUUGUGUUUAACAAUUGUGUAUUUAUAUGAAAAGAAUUAACUGUGAAGCGUCGUUAUGAUUCAUGGUUUUACAGCAUGUACGUUGUACGUUUCUUUACCCUCUAUGUGGUAAUUGUCAAUUUUAAGGCUAUACUAGUUGUCACAGUCGUCGUGGGUUGAGGACCCUUAGAAUUUGCAAAAGAAAUAUUUUUUUCAAACAAAUUUUUUAAACCCUUCCCCAGGCGACGUCUGACCCAUAUUACCUGGAAGUGGGGAAGAAAGUCUUGGAAAACCUGGAGGAGCACGCCAGGGUCAACUGCGGUUACGCUGCCAUCAAGGACCUUAAGAAAGGAACCCAUGAAGAUCAGUGAGUUUAAUCUGGGUCACUGGUGUUAAGGGAGUUUUGUACAUUUGCAUUUCCACCUGAUAAUGUGUGCGUUUUGGGAUACAUCCACCUGCCACCCUUUCUUUUCUGUAUCCUAAAAUGUUAGACCUUGAUGCUGUAAGGUCGUGUCUUUGUGAGUUUUUUGCUGCAGUUUAAUUUGUUACCCAAUAAAAAUGAAGUACCCUGGUAGUUGUUUUCUUGUGUAAUUUAAGUUUAAUGGCAGUGAUUAUUGUUUCAUAAACGGUAAUGUAAGCUUAGGAGCAGUGGUUGUUGUUAAAUAAUAAUAAAAAACUGUAAUGUAAGCUUAGGAGCAGUGGUUGUUGUUAAAUAAUAAUAAAAAAACCUUUAAUGUAAGCUUAGGAGCAGUGGUUGUUGUUAAAUAAUAAUAAAAAACGGUAAUGUAAGCUUAGGAGCAGUGGUUGUUGUUAAAUAAUAAUAAAUAACUGUAAUGUAAGCUAAGGAGCAGUGGUUGUUGUUAAAUAAUAAUAAAAAACUGUAAUGUAAGCUAAGGAGCAGUGGUUGUUGUUAAAUAAUAAUAAACUGUAAUGUAAGCUUAGGAGCAGUGGUUGUUGUUAAAUAAUAAACUGUAGUAAGCUUAGGAGCAGUGGUUGUUAUGAAAUAAUAAACUGUAAUGUAAGCUUAGGAGCACUGAUGCUUGUUAAAAUAAACUGUUAUACAUUUACUUUCCUCACUGUCACUUUUUAUUAUAAGACAACAGAGUUGUCAUUGUCACACCUGAAUUUGGUAUUUUUUUCACUGAUUAAAGUCAUGUCCUUCUAGUUUUGUGUCUCGUCAAAUAUUCUCUCUCCAAUUUUUUCUGCAGGAUGGACUCUUUUGUAUUGGCGGAGACUUUCAAGUAUCUUUUCUUGCUCUUCUCCCAGAAAGAAGAUGUCCUGUUAGAUAUUGAUGACUUUAUUUUCACCACCGAGGCCCACUUGCUUCCUUUAACACUUUCAGUUGGCAAUUAUUCGUGGAAGAAUACGCCAAAAGUCCACCCAGAUAUUUACAAAUUUGAUAUGAUGUCUGUAGCAGAGAUGGCCAAGGCUGCAGAGGACGAUGAAGGCCUUGAGCCUGAGGCCUACGAGGAGUUUGAUGAAGAAAGAGGUAUUUGUCGCAACUAUCAUGUAACACUGUCUGAGGGACCUGGCUACCCGCACCGGCUCAGGCACCAGCUGCGGGAUUUGGUUGACAAAACUCACCCGCAGCUCAAGACUGACCGUCCGAGGUUAAAGGCUGCGGAGUUUGUCGCCGGUAACAAGGAACACUUGGAGCUGUUGCACCACAUGGGGAUAAGAAUUGCCACAAUGCCGGACGGCCGCAUACAGCUCUUGCACACAGCAUCUGAAGCGCUGUCUCAGGCCUACGCUGAUGCCGGUCUUGAGUUCAUGCAGGAGAUGAUUAGCAUAAGCCAGGCCCAGCAGCUGGAGAGCCAGCAUGAGCCCAUGUAUAUACGACUCAUGUCUGAUCCCUUCAACGGCGGGGUUGUGUUCCGCGCAGGCCCAGCUCAGUUUGGAUAUGACCUCAAUAAAAACCCACCCAUCCGGGGCCAGCUGGCCAUAGCCAGGCCAUUCAAAGGAUGCACAAACAUUGAAAACGUGGAUGAGAUCCGUGGGAAGGUUGUCAUUGUUGAGCGCGGUGACUGCAUGUUUGUGGACAAGGCCAGGAAUCUCCAGAAGAGCGGCGCCGUGGGAGGGAUUGUGUUUGACCAGGCCCAGGGAUCCUCAAGUGACGUUCUCAGUCUCUUUGCCAUGUCUGGGGACGGCACCAACGAUGUGACCAUACCAAUGGUGUUCCUGUUCUGGAAGCAGGGCCAGGAUCUGUUUGAGACCCUCAAUGGGUACCCAGAUCUUGUAGUGGAGGUGGCUGCCAAGAAUGGUGAGUACUCAUCUUCAGAAAUAUUCAAGAAGGGUUCCCCAAGGGUGCUGAGAUUGGAGCCCCAUAAGGAAUUAUAAUUAAUUUUAUCAGAGCGUCGUUUGAAAAUACUUUUAGAAUGCCCGCAACAUAUUCAAAACUAAAUUUAAAUAAACUUUUUUUAAAAUUUAACUCUUUCUAUUUAUUACUUUCUGUUCUCUAGUUCUAGAGAUGUCCUUAUUUAUGAGUCUGUAUGAAAAUAAAAUUAAUGCAGCUUGUAUGUUUCUUUUAAAUUAAAAAAACAUUGUAAAUUAAACAUAUAUUUUACCCCCAUAAUUUGUAUGCUUGGAAAAAGUUUUAGACCCACUUUUUCAGCUAUUUAACAGUCCAAGUUCAUUAUUAUUCUUAUUAUAUAUUUUUGUUUUGUUUUUCAACUUCCAGAAGCAGCUACUCCCAAAGAAACCAGCACCAGGGAAGGAGGAACUCCAUCUCCUCCUGUGUCCAGCAGCGGAGAAGGUGGUCAAACACAAGAUCAAAUCAUUGAAGGUAACAGUCCAUGCACCCAGCCCGCCUCGUCUUGGCCACAGCAGGCAGAUCAGCUCAAACCAAUUUCUAAAGCCGAUCAUGGCUUCUAUCACCAUGAGUUUCUAGACGUUUCCUCCAAUCAUUAUCACCUGCAGGCCGGAACAAAGUAUAUUCAUCUCAGCAUAGAAGUCUCGAACAAGAUAAGUGAUGACUCUGAUCAAGAGCACCGCGUCAUGAAGUAUGAGCCCUUGCCCGAUGGCUCAAAGGUAUUUUCUUUCUUCCUGUGCUACAAACUCAAAGGCUCGGAGAAGCCAAAUCUCAAUGAGAUGUACCUUGAUGUGAUCCACACUCUACAGCACCAGACCAAUUUUGAGCAGCUGGAGCAGUCAUCCAACUACAUGAAAUCCAUAGCAAGGUUAAUGGAGUCGGCAUUCUUUUCAAUUGACCGAAUAGAUCAGGCAGCAUUAGAGAUAAUGCAAGACUUUGUCAAUAAAAUCAUUGUGAAGCACACCCUCCCCGACGGGGGUCAGGUUCCCAUCGCCAAGAGCAGGCACAUCGAAGGGAGCCCGCAGAGGGAGUGGCCUCAUCCCUCCACCAACGCUCAGACUGGUCUUCCCACGUAUGAUGGCGUCACGUCUUCCUUAGUGAUUAGUAAAGAAAGUGAGGAUGGGGCAGCAAUCAGUAUCACCCCUGAGGCCCCAUCCGACACACACGACCCACAUCCUCAGGAUUUGGUUCACCCAGAACACUCUUUGCAUUUGCCAAACAUUCCAAGCUCAGAACAGUCUUCCGUGGAGACAAAGAUAUUAUCCGAAAGCCAUCAAGCCACCGAGGAUUUGGGGGCCCAUCUGCCCUCAACCCUGGUAGAUGAUACUCACGAUGGGCCGCCAUCAAUCAAUCAAGUGAGGCAACAUUUUGAGGAGAGUUUAGAGAAUGAUUUUAGUGCUCAAAGUGCGGGGAGUAUACGACAGCAAAAUCUGGCAACAUCGUCAUCAGUGCAACACUCAGCCAGUGAAUCAUCGGAGGAAAAAGUGACUAAAAGAAAAGAUGAGCUAUAACAGUAAAUGUUUAUGUGAUAAUUAUCCCAAUGUCCUGAACUAAAGUUGUGAUGAGACCUUUACAUAUAUUCCACCAUUCACAGGUUGUAGAGUUUAUUAUACCAGGUUGAUUAAUUUCUUGCACAGUUUUCACUCUUAUAAAAUGACAUGAUGUUCAUCAAUCAUUGAAGUCAUGUGACACAAUACCUAAACAACAAACACGGAUCAUCUUUUUGAUAUUUAAAGGAAAUCAUGAGAGCUGCUGAAUCAUGUUUAAUAUAAGGAAGGUUCAGUCUGGACUUUUAAGUAGAUUGUGCAAGAGUAAGUGUGUUGCUCAUGAGCUAUAAUUUUUUACCCCAAAGUUAUUGUCUUCAGUUCCGAUCCAAGUUAGAUUUCAAAUGAUUAUCUAAAUAGGCCCAUCAUUUGGAUCAUUUAAUCACCAAGUUACAAUUACAUUAGUGAGACAAAGAAAACGGGAAGAUAACUUGGAGUAAUUCUGCAUUCAAAUCGGAUCAGGAUAGGAAUUUUGUCCAAUGAUGUGUGGGUUUUUUGAGACAGAUCAAUUUUUUAAUUUUUUUUUUGUCUCUAAAAUAUGAUGAUUCAGAAUUUUUGUGCUUGGCUCAAAUGAUGCUGUUAACUUUUCAAUAUAAUUCACUGAGACCAACAGUGGAGCACUUCAAGAAUGCCUCUAUUUGAGGGUUAGGUUUUUUAUUCUUUUUAUCACAUGAAGUUUUUUUUUAAAACAAAAAAAAAAGGAAACUUUUCAUUUUAAACUGCCCCCAAUGUUGUAAUCUGUACACCAAAAUAUUGUGGGCCAGCAGCACUGGUCAAUAAUUUGUUGAUGGGCAGUUUUAGUAUGGUACCACUCCCUGAUUCUGAACCACGUGUCUCACAUUGUUACAUUCUGGUGCUAUUUCUUAUCUGACGGGAGGCGGCGACUCAUGAAUGAACAAAAGUGUUCAGAUUAACUUGUUGCCUUACUGGACUUAAUAUUUUGUUUCUAAUGAUAUAUGUGGGGUGGGGGUUUUUCCGCAUUCCAGCUUAAAUAAAAAAAAUUAUAAUGAAUUUAAAUAUUAAAAUAUUUGUGAGUAAACUCUGUAAUG